UCAUCACACCUCUCCGAGAGUCUGAGCUCAGUGUCCCUCGCUCAUGGCUCCUCCCAGAAUUCUACUCUGCGGAGAUGUUCUCGGCCGCCUCAACCAGCUCGUUAAGCGAAUCUUAUCGGUUAACAAAUCAGCUGGUCCAUUCGAUGCGGUUCUCUGUGUGGGCCAGUUCUUCCCGGACUCGCCGGAGCGGCUCCUGGAGUUCAUGGACUACAUUGAAGGACGUUCUCAAAUUCCUCUUCCGACGUACUUUAUCGGCGACUACGGAAUCGGUGCGGCCAAAGUUCUCUCGGCCGCUUCCAAGGAUUCGGCGAAUCUAGGGUUCAAGAUGGAUGGUUUGAGGAUAUGUGAUAAUUUGUAUUGGUUGAAAGGCAGUGGCAAGUUCACACUCCAUGGGUUAUCUGUGGUCUACAUUUCUGGUAGGCGUUCAUUGGAUGGUCAGCAAUUUGGAAAAUACAGUCAAGAUGAUGUUGAUGCAUUGCGGGCAUUGGCAGAUGAGUCUGGAAUAGUUGAUUUGUUCUUAACUAAUGAAUGGCCCAGUGGUGUCACAAAAGGGGCUGUUACAUCUAAUAUUCCUCCAGGAAUCUCAGAUUCAUCAGGUUGUGAUUCUGCCAUAUCGGAGCUAGUAGGGGAAAUUAAACCUCGCUAUCACAUUGCUGGUACAAAGGGCAUAUUCUAUGAUCGAGAACCAUACUCCAAUCUUGAUGCUGUGCACGUAACCCGCUUUUUAGGUCUUGCUCCUGUUGGAAAUAAAGAUAAACAGAAAUUUAUUCAUGCCAUUUCUCCCAUUCCAGCAUCUACGAUGUCUUCGGCUGAGAUUUCCAUGAAGCCACCAAAUACUACCUUAUUUCCUUAUAAAAUUAUUGAAGAGACAGCUCCCACUAAUCAAGCAACAAAGAGACCAAGUGACAGUAUUUCUGACACACAAUAUUGGCGUUAUGAUGUCUCCCAAAAACGGCAAAAACAUGGAGCUGGAGAUGGUGAUAAGCUGUGUUUUAAAUUUGUAUCUUCUGGGUCUUGUCCACGUGGGAACAAAUGCAACUUUCUGCACGACACAGAAGCAAGGGAACAAUACAUGAGGGGGGUUUGUUUUGAUUUUAUUAACAAGGGCAAAUGUGAAAGGGGUCCAGAUUGCAACUUUAAGCACAGCUUACAGGAUGAAGAUGAGGGUUUUGCUAGCAGGAGGUCUGGAUCUGAAAAUGCCAAGUCUAGCAGUUUCAGGUCAAAACGCUGUUGGUUCUGUUUGUCGAGCCCUGAUGUGGAAUCACAUUUAAUCAUCAGCAUAGGAGAAAGUUACUACUGUGCACUAGCUAAAGGCCCACUUGUUGAGGACCAAGUACUGGUAAUACCUGUUGAGCAUUCAGCUAAUACCCUUUCUUUGCCCCCGGAGUGCGAGAUAGAGCUAGAUAGAUUUCAGAAGAGUUUGAAGAUGUAUUUCAGGACACAAGGGAAGGAGGUUGUUUUCUUUGAGUGGAUCUUCAAACGUGGCACUCAUGCUAAUAUUCAGGCUGUUCCUAUUCCACUAUCUAGGGCUUCUGCUGUUAAAAAUAUAUUUAUUUUAGCUGCUGAAAAGCUGGGGUUUCAAUUUGUGACCACCAAAAGUAAUAAUGAUUCUGAAGGGAGAAAAUCAUUGAGGGCACAGUUUGAUGAUAAAAUCAGUUUCUUCUAUGUGGAACUCCCUGAUGGCACAAUACUGUCACAUGCUAUUGAGGAUAAUGAGAAAUUCCCUGUACAAUUUGGACGCGAAGUUCUUGCUGGGUUGCUGAACAUGGCAGAUAGAGCUGAUUGGAGGAAUUGUAAGCAAAGCAAAGAAGAUGAGAUGAAGAUGGCAGAAGUUUUCAAGAAUCAAUUUAAAAAAUUUGACCCGUAUCAAUGAUUCUCGGGGAAGAAGGUAUGUAGAUGGUUGGGGACUAUUGCGAUUCCAAGGGGACUGCCAUAGAUCACGCAUCAUUUGACAGGGAUGCCAGACACCCCCCUAAAGUCAUCAAUUACAUGCCAAGUCUAGAUCCCCAAAGGCUAGUAGUUUCAAUAUUGUACACUAAUUUUCCAGGUUAGUUAUCUCGGCAUAUUAAGCUAGUUACGUAUUGGGGAUUAUUUUAUGGUCCUUUAGGUGGAAGAAACACCAAGUUGAACAUGAGGCACACCCAAGUGGUCCCUAGUGCCCAACCAAAAUUGCCGCCCUGUUGUCUUAGGGCAAGCCUUGUAACUAGAAUGGCCUUUCAGAAGGUCCACACUGACUUAAGAUUAUGCUAGCUAAAAGUUGAUUCUGUCUCGUAAUUUCUUAA